UGAAAAUAAUACCAAAUGAUUAAUGUUGUCAUUUCAGUAUGUUUGAACAUGAAAUCGAAUUGUAUUUUCUACCUCUAAGCUUCAGCAAAGUUCAACUUGCCGCAUGGAGCCAAUGUGGUUCUUAAAGACUCUGCAGGAGUUGAUGUUGAUGCUGAUAUUUUCGAUGAGCUUGUGAGAACAUCUAAGGUGUCCUUCAAAAUUUUGGAUGGUGAUACAGCAGGUAAGAAACUCAUGACCUGCUGCCAUGUUCAAAAAUGUAUAAUCUAGUUUGCAUUCUCAAACAAUUUUCUUCAUAAUACAUGAUGAUAGCAUCUCUUUUUAAUGUUCAUAUAUUGUCUUGUGUGCUGAAUGUGAUUCUAAGAUAAUGUUCCACAAGCUGAGACCGAUUUCUCUGAGCCAUCAUGACCUGAGUCGUCAUUUUCAUCAGUAGAAUCAGAAAGUUCAGAUUCCACAGUGAUUCCACAAUCUUCAAAGGCACGCAAAAAGCGAUUCUUAGAAGAACCUUCUGACUGCAAUGCGUCAAAAGAUGUCAGUUAUUUUUCCUCUCUUGCUUCAGUUUUGUCCUUAAGUGAUAAAAUUUUAUAGCGUAUCAAUAAUCUUACCAAUAUUAGUAUAUCAAAGACUGGUUUAUUUGCAUUCAUCUGUUUUUUUUUUUUUAAUUUUGUUUUUUUUUACAGCUAGUUCAUGCAGCGCUGCACUCAAAACCAGGAGGCUCUGAUAUAUUGAAGGAGUACGAACAAACGAAGAGCCUGUCUGACAAGACACGAAGGAAGCUCGUAAACAUCCUUGUGGCUGAUAUGGUAGAGAAGUAUGGGAGGAUUCCACCAGUCAGUAUCCGUGAACAGUACUACGAUCCACGCAGUGGCCAGGGUUACAUUGCCUACAGAUUGAAAACUGUUCAGCGCAACUCUGUAAAUAACUUGAAGGGGGUGUCAAAGGUGGUUUCCCAAGAUGGUCCUAAGACUUUGCGUGAGACAUCAACAACUGAGCAGCUGUCAGGUGAUGAAUGCACAGAAGCUAUAUCCAUUAUGAAGCAUUCAACAGACGCACCAGUUAUUAAGGUUAAAAUGAAGGCAACAUUCAAGUACAGGCAGGAAUUGAUGCAUGAUCCAGACAAAUCUCCACUCAUCCUUGAUUACUUUCCCCGAUUUUUGGAUACACCAGGCUUGAUUGACCAAGACUUUACUAUGCAUUUUGGAGAUGACAUUUCAAGCAAGUUUAUUGCAAAAUGGCCAACAUUCUACAAGCCAAGAAUAAUUGCUGACUGCAAAAACCUGCAUCAUGGUGCACAUGUGGACAACCUUCUGUCUGCUCUGGAGGAGUCUGAUUAUGGUAAGUAUAAAUGUUGGGGUUUUACAGCCCCUACUUCAUUGUACCCAAAAAAAGGGUGGUGGGCUACGGCCAAUCCUGGAUCUGUGUGUCUUGAACCGGUACCUUCACAGGCUGCCGUUCAAGAUGCUCACGCAGAAGCGCAUUCUCGAAUGCGUCCGUCCCCAGGAUUGGUUUGCAGCGAUCAACCUGAAGGACACGUACUUUUAUGUCUCGAUUUUGCCUCGCCACAGACCCUUCCUACGAUUGCUCCAUAUGAGGCCGCUUCAACACUUGCUCUGCGGCCGGGUCCCGAGAUGGGCGUGGCAGCACGGUACACUCCGUGUCCCCGUGACACCGAGCUGCAGUCGCACCCUCAUCCGGUGGUUGGACCCCUCAUUCCUGCGGACGGGAGUGCCCCUCAAACAGCCCCUCCCUGGCCGAUUCCUCUGAGGAAGGACCCCCUGACUCAGAUACAGGGCACCCUAUGGCACCCGCAUCCCGACCUGUGGAACCUCCACGUGUGGUCCCUGGACAGGAUGUGGAGGUUCUGA